UCCUGCUCUUCCCCACGUGAGUCCUGCUCUUCCCCACGUGAGUCCUGCUCUUCCCCACGUGAGUCCUGCUCUUCCCCACGUGAGUCCUGCUCUUCCCCACGUGAGUCCUGCUCUUCCCCACGUGAGUCCUGCUCUUCCCCACGUGAGUCCUGCUCUUCCCCACGUGAGUCCUGCUCUUCCCCACGUGAGUCCUGCUCUUCCCCACGUGAGUCCUGCUCUUCCCCAGCUGGGCCCUUGCCCCCUCCUCUGCCGUCUCCUCUACCAUGCUCACUCUUCUCCUGAGUUGAAUGUGGAACAACUCGCCAGAGACUGCUCUUCCCUCUCACUGACACUCUCCCUUGCUUUCUCUCCCCCCUACUCUACACUCUCCCUUGCUUCCUCUCCCCCCUACUCUACACUCUCCCUCGCUUCCUCCUCUACACUCUCCCUUGCUUCCUCUCCCCCCUACUCUACACUCACCCUUGAUUCCUCUCCCCCCCACUCUACACUCUCCCUUGCUUCCUUUCCCCCCUACUCUACACUCUCCCUUGCUUCCUCUCCCCCCUACUCUACACUCUCCCUUGCUUCCUCUCCCCCCUACUCUACACCCUCCCUUGCUUCCUCUCCCCCCUACUCUACACCCUCCCUUGCUUCCUCUCCCCCCUACUUUACACGCUCCCUUGCUUCCUCUCCCCCCUACUCUACACCCUCCCUUGCUUCCUCUCCCCCCUACUCUACACUCUCCCUUGCUUCUUCUCCACCCUACUCUACACUCUCCCUUGCUUCCUCUCCCCUCUACUCUACACUCUCCCUUGCUUCCUUUCCCCCCUACUCUACACUCUCCCUUGCUUCCUCUCCCCCCUACUCUACACUCUCCCUUGCUUCCUCUCCCCCCUACUCUACACUCUCCCUUGCUUCCUCUCCCCCCUACUCUACACCCUCCCUUGCUUCCUCUCCCCCCUACUCUACACUCUCCCUUGCUUCCUCUCCCCCCUACUCUACACUCUCCCUUGCUUCCUCUCCCCCCUACUCUACACUCUCCCUUGCUUCUUCUCCACCCUACUCUACACUCUCCCUUGCUUCCUCUCCCCCCUACUCUACACUCUUCCUUGCUUCCUUUCCCCCCUACUCUACACUCUCCCUUGCUUCCUCUCCCCCCUACUCUACACUCUCCCUUGCUUCCUCUCCCCCCUACUCUACACUCUCCCUUGCUUCCUCUCCCCCCUAA